UCUGGCAGCCCUGCAGACUGGGAUAACUUCUCCAUGGUCUUUGGUGUCGCGCAGAAUGAGCUCCAUCUGAAUGGCUUGUUGCAGACAGUCCAGAGUGCCUUCAAACUCACGGAACGGAGUUAUUUCUCAGGCAUCUGGGAUGCGGUUGACGGUGUGCUAAACACCAAACGGAAUCUAACAGAAGUGGCUGCCUAUGUGAAGUUAUUGGAAGCAAUGGCAAACAAUCCUGCCAGCAAUGUGUCAGCUGUAGAAAUCAUAGAAGCCAGUCGCUCCAUUCUCAAGAGGCUGGAUUUCUCUGAGCUGCUAAAUGAAUUGAAUAUAGGUUCCAGCUCAGCUUCUCUCUCCAAUAAAACUGAUUUUGACAGUGUGAUCAACGUUGUUGCUCAUCACUUCAUUGUUAGGGCGGAAUCCCUGUUCAACAAGACCCUACCUUGGACUCAAAGUGACCAAAUCCUUUCUCCAACCAGUCUGAUCACACGAUUUCUGUUUUUAGAAUUUGAAAACACCAUCUUACAGGUGACAGUGAAUAAGAGCUACAGUCCUUACCUGAUGUGUUUAAUAAAUGCCACUGAACUUGAAGACAGCAAACUGACAGAAAACUUCACACUGCUUUUAAAGCAAACUCAUCUGAAGAAGGACCCUUUCAUGCAAAAUAAUAUUUCUGAGAAAUAUUCAUCCAUACCAGAGCUCCUGAAGCUAAAAAUAUCUCACCUCUGGGAUCUGACAAAACUUCUUUGUGACUACAAGAGUUUUAAGUCAAUACAGCAUAUUUGCCAUCUUCCUAAUGUUAGCUUUGGAGAACUGUGUGAACAGAGACAAUCUCCUGAGCAGCUCCUCCGCGUUAUUGAGCUAAGCAAUCAAGUUGUGACCAAUGUACUGAAUCGCAGAAGAAUCUCCAAAGAGCUUCAAGAUAUUCUAAUUGGGGAUGCGACAAACAUCCAGUUGCAAAUGAAGUGGUUUCAAGAAAAUGUACCAGAAAUUGCUUUCUUUCAAGAGAUUCCUCAGUAUAUGACUACUUUGAAUUCCAUGUUGAACAUCACUGAGAAUUUAAGAGAUAAUAGUGAGCAAGUAAAGUUGAGAGAGAUGUUUAAAAAUGUGGACCAGCUCAAAGAGGAUCUCAAAAACACAACAGGAAUGUCUACAGCCAGCAUUGAUGCUCUCCUGGAAGCAUCUCUCCCAGAAAACAGCACUCAGUUCAUUUCUCAGAUCGUCCAGCUACAGUCUUGUGCUGUCCAUCCUGCUGACCCACAGCUUCAAACAGUAGCAGAGGAGUUCUGCGCUCUCUCUCUUUCAGAGAGGACUCGUAAGAUGUACAUCCUGGGGGUCACCCUCUUACGACACUUAGACAUUUACAAUUUCCUAUACAAGAUGUUUUUCCCUAAGGAACUUCAGAAACCUGUGGACAAGAUGUUAGGCCUUCUAACAGAAAUGAAAUAUUUCAGACACCAGGUUGAAUCUGGCGUGCAUCCAUUGCUACAAGCUAUUCAUUCACUCAGAAAGCUCCGGCAGUCUAGAAACGUGCCUCUGACUAAGACCUUACUGAAAUCAAAUGACUUCAGGAUAACACAGGGCACAUUUAAGUCCAUGUCAAAAGUUCUCUGCAACCAGGAAAUCACACCCCUGUUUUUUGAGUCUUUGCUUCCUGAUUUUGGAGACCCUGUAAGCAACAGUUCUUCAGCGGAGGAUGCCUUUGUCCAAAAGAUGAUGAGGAAAUAUGGGAUUCCUCAUGAUUCCACCCCAUUCUGUUUAUCCUUUUACCUGGACUUGGUCAAGACCCCUACUGGAGCUUUAAUUUGGUCUUUCUUAAAACCAAUGGUGCUUGGGAAGAUCCUUUAUACACCAGAUAUUCCAGAAACUCGAGCAAUCAUGGAGAAGUCUAAUACAACCCUGAAGCAGAUGGCUGACCUAGCCCUGAAGUCCCAGGAAUGGUUGGACAAGUCUCCUGUCAUCAUGAAUUCACUGACUAAGUUAAACCAAACAGUUCCGAUUAUCAAGAACGCCCUGCAGAAUCCCUUUGUGCAGGUUUUUAUCAAGCUGAUGGUGGAUUUGGAUGCAGUUGAACUGCUGAGUCAAAUAAAUGAGCUGGAUAAUAUUCGUCUGGAAUUACAAAACAACGCUGACAUUGUCAAUCAGCUGAAUGCAUUAGCUACCCUUGCUGUCAAUGUGUCCUCCUGUGUCUCGUUUAAUCGCAUUCAAGCAGCCAGAAACUUAGAGGAAAUGGAAAUGGUGGCCAAAGAGCUCUUUCUGAAGAAUGAACUUUUUGCAAGUAUCAUUUUCAAGCUGCCUUCAAGUCAUAGCACCCCUCGGCACGCUGUUCCUGGGGCUCUGGCCCUCCCGCCUGUGCUCAAUUACACCAUCCGAAUGAGCAGCAGGAUUACUCAAACCACCAACAGAAUAAGGGAGCGGAUCUGGACAGUGGGCCCACACAAUUCAACCUCACAGAGCCAGAUUUACAGCCGGGCAUUCAUUUAUAUCCAGGACAGCAUUGAAAGAGCCAUUAUUGAGUUACAGACUGGGAAGAGUCCAGAGGAUGUAGCUGUUCAAGUCCAGGCCAUGCCUUACCCCUGCUAUAAUAAGGAUAUGUUCUUAACCAGCGUGACCUACUCUCUUCCAUUUGCUCUGAUGGCUGCCUGGGUACUGUUUAUAGCUGAUUUUGUUAAAACACUUGUUCAGGAGAAAGAUCUGAGGCUUUAUGAGUACAUGAAAAUGAUGGGUGUUAACGUCAGCAGCCAUUUCAUCGCCUGGUUCAUAGAGUGUGCCAUCUUCCUUUUAAUCACUGUCACCUUCCUCAUCGUUGUACUGAAAGUGGGAGACAUCCUUCCAAAAACAAACACGGCGCUCCUGUUCCUGUACCUUAUGGACUACAGCCUCUCUAUCAUAGCCAUGAGCUACUUCAUCAGCGUUUUCUUCAACAACACCAACAUAGCGGCCUUGGUGGGCAGUCUUGUAUACAUCCUCACCUUCUUCCCCUUCAUUGUGUUGCUUGUCAUUGAGAAUCAUUUGAGCUUCUCUGUGAAGAGCCUACUGAGCCUAUUGUCUCCAACUGCGUUCAGUUAUGCAAGUCAAUACAUUGCUCGAUAUGAGGCCCAGGGCAUAGGUCUGCAAUGGGAUAACAUGUAUAAAUCUCCAAUGAUUGGAGACAACACUUCCUUUGGCUGGAUGUGCUGGCUCAUCCUGAUAGACUCUUUCAUUUACUUCAUCCUGGGAUGGUAUAUAAGGAAUGUUUUCCCAGGGAGAUAUGGUAUGGCUGCUCCCUGGUAUUUUCCAUUGCUUCCGUCUUACUGGAUCGAAUACAACGGUUAUAUCCCCUUCUGGAAUGAGAAACGAAGAGGCCUACUCUUUACCAAGCUGGUGUUAAGGAAGGAAGCCACCCUCAACAAUAAGAUAUGUGCGCCCCCUCCUCACCUGGAACCGGACCCCACUGAUCUCACCUUGGGAGUCUCGCUCCGUGGCAUAACAAAGAUUUAUGGAUCCAAAGCUGCAGUGGAGAACCUCAGCCUGAACUUCUAUGAAGGCAAUAUCACUUCCCUGCUGGGGCACAAUGGAGCUGGGAAAACUACAACCAUAUCUAUUUUGACCGGGCUGUUCCCUACAUCAUCAGGUACUAUCUUUGUCUAUGGUAAAGACAUCAAGACUGACCAGGAAGUUAUCAGGAAGAACAUGGGUGUGUGUAUGCAACACAAUGUGCUAUUCAAUUACCUCACCACAAAGGAGCACCUGCUGCUCUAUGGGUACAUCAAAGUCCCUCACUGGAGUAAGGAGGAGCUCUACCAAGAAGUGAAGAGGACUUUGAAGGAGACUGGACUAUAUGGCCAUCGUCACAAACUAACUGGUUCCCUGUCCGGGGGGAUGAAGAGGAAGUUGUCUAUAGCUAUUGCUCUCCUGGGUGGAUCAAGGGUUGUGAUACUGGAUGAACCAACCACGGGGGUGGAUCCAUGCUCUCGGAGGAGUAUUUGGGAAAUUAUCUCCAAGAAUAAAAAAGGCAGAACCAUUAUUCUCUCAACGCAUCACUUGGAUGAAGCAGAAGUUCUGAGUGACCGAAUUGCCUUCCUGGAGCAUGGAGGGCUCAAAUGCUGUGGGUCACCAUUCUAUCUCAAGGAAACGUUUGGUGAUGGAUACCACCUGACUCUCACCAAAAAAAAGAACAUGAUAGAGGAGUGUGACACAGCAGCAGUGACUUCCCUGAUCCAGUCACACCUCCCAGAGGCUUAUCUCAAGGAGGAUAUUGGUGGAGAGCUUGUGUACGUGCUUCCACCCUUCAAGUCGGCAGUCUCUGGGGCCUACCAAGCACUUCUCAGAGCCCUUGAUACCAGUUUGAGUGAUCUCCAGCUUGGUUGCUAUGGGAUUUCAAACACAACCGUGGAAGAGGUGUUUCUCAAUCUGACAAAAGAGCUAGGGAAGGACCAGCAAGAAGAUGCUGAGUUGUCCCAACAGCUGUCUGGAUCCAGUGGUCAAACUGGCAGUGACAAAAUGUCUGUGAGCACGGAUACCUUCACAGAAAGAGAUGAUCAGCUCCUGAUUAGAUCAAAAAGCCUGAAGGGUUUGCCGUUGCUGCUCAAGAAGACAUCAGCUAUGUUCAUUAAGAGAUUCCACCACACUCGACGGGAUGUCAGAGGCUUCAUUGCUCAGGUCAUCCUCCCAGUCCUCUUUGUGAUGGCCGCAAUGGGACUUGGGACACUGAGAACUAAGGAGACUGAAUAUCCAGAGCUGAUUCUUUCCCCCUCCUUGUAUGGCACAUCUGACCAGGCAGACUUCUUUGGGAAUUUUAAUGAAACCACAGAUGCUUUAGUUGCUUCGAUGCUUUCUUUCCCUGGAACAGAUAACACAUGCAUGAAUGAAAGCAAUUCGCGAUGUUUAACAGAGGACAUGCUUGGCCAGUGGAUUACCAGUGGAAAGCAAAGAGCUACGUAUUCUGCCUGCAACUGCACAGCUGCCAUCCAGACAUGCCCACCGAUGAGCUAUUCUCCCCCUCACAGAAGAACCUUCUCCACGCGGAUGCUUUAUAACCUCACGGGGCACAAUGUGGAGACGUACGUUCUGGCAACUACCAAAGACUUCCUGCAAAAACGGUAUGGUGGCUGGAGCUUCGGGCUGCCUUUGACAGCAGAUCUCCAGUUUGAUAUCAGGCCUGUGCCCCCCAACAGGACGCUGACUAAGGUGUGGUAUAAUCCAGAAGGCUAUCACAGCCUUCCAGCCUAUCUGAACAGCUUGAACAACUUCAUUCUUCGAGCUAACCUGCCAAAAAAUGAGACUUCCAGAUAUGGUAUUUUCUUAUCGGCUCACCCAUAUCCUGGAGGACAGAGUCAAGAACAAGUAAUGCUGAACAGCUUGCUUGAUAUCAUAGUUUCAAUGUCUGUUCUGGUUGGCUACUCUAUCACAACAGCCAGUUUUGUGCUGUAUGUGGUAAAAGAGCAUCAAACCAAAGCCAAACAACUGCAGCAUAUUUCAGGCAUCGGAAUGACAAGUUAUUGGGUGACUAACUUCGUUUAUGACCUGGUACUUUUUAUGGUCCCUAUUGGACUCUCGAUAGGAGUUAUUUCAGCCUUUCAGAUACCAGCUUUCUGCAACAACAAUAACUUACUGGCUGUAUUUCUUCUGCUGUUACUGUUUGGGUAUGCAACGUUUUCAUGGAUGUAUCUGCUGACCGGGUUCUUCAAAGAAACAGGAAUGGCAUUCAUCGUUUAUGUCUGUGUCAACUUGUGUUUUGGCAUCAAUACCAUCAUUACUCACUCGGUUGUGUUUCUGCUCUCCCAGGAAAAGGCCACAGACCAGGGCUUGCAUGACCUCGCUGAAAAUCUGAGGCAUGUCUUCCUUCUGUUCCCGCAAUUUUGCUUUGGCUAUGGCUUGAUUGAACUGUCACAGGAUCAGGCACUGCUGGGCUUCUUAAAAGCCUAUGGAGUGGACUACCCUGACAAAACCUUUGAGCUGGACAAGACCACAUCCAAGCUGCUUGCCAUGUUUAUUCAGGGCACCGUGUUCUUUGCCAUUCGUCUCAUCGUUCACGACGGGAUGAUUCAGAAAGUGUGGAGUAACAUAUUAGAAUUCCUGUUCGACAGAGUGCACGGCAAAGCGUCGCUCCUGCCGCCCGUGGUCGACGAGGAUGAGGACGUUCGGGCAGAGAGGAACCGGGUGGAGUCUGGCAAAGCUGAUUUUGAUGUGGUGCAGCUCCAGAAUCUGACAAAGAUCUACCACCUCCCUCACAAACGCAUGGUGGCCGUGAAAAACAUCAGCCUUGGGAUUCCUGCUGGAGAGUGCUUUGGCCUGCUUGGUGUGAAUGGUGCGGGAAAGACGACCAUCUUCAAGAUGCUGACAGGCGAUAUUGGAGCUUCCAGCGGAAGGUUGCGGGUCCAGGAUCAUUCUGGGUCCUUGAAUGACAUUGGUGAGGCGCACUGGUCUCUGUUUGGCUACUGUCCCCAAGAAGAUGCCUUGGAUGACUUGCUGACAGUGGAAGAGCACAUGUAUUACUAUGCUAGGCUUCAUGGCAUCCCCGAGAGAGAGAUCAGAGGAAUCGUACUCCAGCUUCUCCACAGGCUGAAUCUGAUGGCCUACAAAGACAGAGUCACCUCUAUGUGCAGUUAUGGCACCAACAGAAAAUUGUCAACUGCUCUGGCUCUCAUUGGGAAUCCAUCAAUUCUGCUGCUGGAUGAACCAAGCUCUGGAAUGGAUCCAAAUGCUAAACGCCACCUCUGGAAAAUCAUCAGUGAGGAAGUGCAGAACAAAUGCUCAGUUAUACUCACAUCCCACAGCAUGGAAGAAUGUGAAGCCCUCUGUACCAGGCUGGCUAUUAUGGUGAACGGAAGUUUUCAGUGCAUUGGCUCAUUGCAGCAUAUCAAGAGCAGGUUUGGAAGAGGAUUCACUGUGAAGAUGCACUUAAAUAGCAACACAGUUAGCACAGAGACGCUGACACAAUUCAUGAAGUCACACUUUCCAAAUACAUGCCUGAAGGAUCGGCAUUUCAACAUGGUGGAGUAUCACGUACCAGUCUCUGCAGGAGGAGUAGCAAACAUAUUUGAUCUUUUGGAAACCAACAAAACAGUUUUCAAAAUCAGGCACUUCUCAGUGAGUCAAACGACGUUAGAGGAGGUUUUCAUCAACUUUGCUAAAGAUCAAGCAGAGCCUGAUAGCCUGGAUCCCGAUGUGGCGUCGGACAGCUGUGACACAAGUAGCCAAAAUAGCACCAUAAGCUCCAUCUAUUGAGGGGACCCAACCACAGGGUAUCAAAGCUUGGGGAAUAGACCUGAUGGCCCCAGGGAGUUCUUCUUGCCCUGUUUUGGAUGAUUCUAGAGUGCUGGGAAUAAAAAGUCACAUUUUCUUAAAGUACUCUUUUUUUUUUUUUUUGAUAUGCACUUAAUUUUGUUACUAGGAGCAUGGUGAAAAGUUAAAAACUGGCAUUUGGUUACAAAUCAGAUUGGUCUUUCCACAGGUUCUUUUUUUUUUUUUUUCCUCCCCCAGCUCUUGUUUUAUGAUCACUUUUAUGCCUGUGAAGACUUAGUUGACAUCACCUGCUCUUGCUGCUGGUGGCUAUUUGCUUACAGGACGAACGGUCGUGAUGGAGCAGAGGAGCUGUGGGCAGUGCAGGGGGGUUGACAGAGAGGCAGCCCCGUGGCCGCCCUCUCUGAAAACCCACGCUCCACUCCUUGCUCUGUAACAGACUUGCUGGCUGACCAUGAGAAAGUCGCUCGGUUUUGACAGUUUCCCCACCAGUAAAAUGGGGUUCAUGGCGCUGCCCUACCUCACAGGGGUGUUGUGAGGAUGUAGGUGUUAUGUACUAUGAGUUGCAUAUGCCAUUGGUGGGGGCCGUCUUUCGUAAUGACAUAAAGCUUUUCUAUUCGUGUGGGUUAUGUCAGUACAAAUACAAUUAUUUCAAAAUCA